GUGUGGGGCGAGCGCCCCAUGCCUGCCGUGGGCUGCAUCGUGAAGCUGGGGGGCAGCGCGCUGACGGAGAAGAACCAGCUGGAGACGCUGCGGGCCGAGUCCCUGCGGCGGGCGGCGGGCAUCGUGCGGGGGCUGUGCGGAGCUGGCGCCGGAAGCUGCAUUGUGGUGCACGGAGCAGGCUCCUUUGGGCAUUUCCAAGCGAAGGCAAAUGGCGUGGCCUCAGGAUCGCCAGCGGGCUCGGCCGGGAGCGAGGCCCUGCGACGAGGGCUGUGUCUGACCAGGCUCUCCGUUACGAAGCUGAACCACCUGGUGACGGAGCAGCUGGUGAAGUGCGGCGUCCCCGCAGUGGGCAUUUCGCCCUUUGGAGCCUGGAAGACAGCAGGCAAGAAAGUCAGCCAGGCUGGCAUUUCUGCCAUAAGGGACGCCUUGGAUGCUGGCUACAUCCCAGUCGUGCAUGGGGACUGUGCUCUGGACUCUGAACAGCACUGCUGUAUCUUAUCUGGGGAUGCUAUCAUCGAGGUUCUGUCCAGGGAAUUCUCCCCCCAGCGAGUGGUUUUCUUGACUGAUGUCAGUGGAAUCUAUGACCGUCCACCUGAUACCCCAGGUGCCAGGCUGGUGGAUUCCAUUUCUGUCAGCCCUGAUGGACGCAUGGACCCCCCUGUGCUCACAUCUGCCCUGCCACACGAUACCACCGGAGGAGUCUCCCUGAAGUUACGGGCUGCGGUUAACAUAGUCAUCCAGAGUCACGGAGCCAUUCCAGUGCUGAUCUGCAAACUGGACAGCGAAGCCGCCGAAAGAGCAUGUUUAACUGGGGAGCUGGGAGUGGGCGAGGGCACAAGACUCUCCCUUGCAACAGUCUGAAGAAGCUGUCUCUGUAGUAGCCUGUCGGACAGGGGGAUUUGCCAUCAACUUGUUCUAGUUGGGCCCCAGUAUCCACUCCGUGAUUUAUCCAUGUCAUCGGUGACUCCAGAUAAACCAUCCGGUGGCAGAGGACUCCUUCAUCAUUCACUGGCAAUACACAGAUCCUAGUCUGCAUUUUAAUGCAUCUCUUCUCCAGCCCAGCUCUGACCUGAAUGGUGGAUAACCCUCUGCUAAUGUUUCUUACGUAUGUCUUCACUUAAAGAGGCACAUAAAGCCAUGUAGCAAACAGCCAGGCAGCCAGCUGGGAAAUGGGCUCAGGCUUUUCAGCUGAGGAUUAAUAAAUUAAUAUUAGCACAGCAAUUUGGGGCUGUGAAGUGCUGUGCAAGUGCUAAGUAGUUUAGUAUGAUAUAGAGGGGACUUUGAUGUGAAUUCUCAGGUUAUCUGAUUCAUUCUAGACCAUGGUGUCUGAAAUUCCAUUCUGCUGCUGAAAGCUGCCCUAGAAACACUUCUAUAUGAAGCGUCAAUGCCAAAAUGUCAGACUUGGGGCUGCUUAAAGUUAAGCACUUAUGUUCAUAUUUGGGCAUGUAAUUAAGUAGUCUAGCUGCUCACCAUUCUGUUUCUGUCUAGAUGCUUGUAUGGCCCCCAAUACGCAAGUGUGUGAGUGCUGCACAGAUAUUAACGUAACCCUUGGAAUUUCCAUGUGAAGCAGUUCAGUAUUAACCCAGCUUUACAGAGGGGAACCUGAGAUGCAGAGAGAUUAAGGUGAGACUUUUCAAAACAACUCAGCGCCCAAUAUUGGGGCCGGUUUUUCAAAAGAGCCGAACACGUUGGGUGCUGACCGCUUCUGAAAACCUGGCCCUUACUAAAGAGAAGAAGAAUCAUCCUUAAGUUAUUUUCCAAUUGUGCAACUUUUAAGGUCAUGUUCACUGGUGCGCACUGACUGCUUUAUGCCACUCUGGAGCAGCACAGAGCAGCCAGAAUUUACUGGCUCGCUAAACAGGUGCUUUGCAUUACCACAGCAGAGCAAAGACGGUGGAGUGUAUACACCUCGGAUUGCCUCUGCCUCCUGCCCUCCAAAUUUCCCCAGCCUCUUGUACCCCAUAUUUCUCUGCACACACACACAUAUACUUCCCCUCUUCCUCCUACCCCUUCUGUUGAAUAGAUCUUUGCAAAGACUGACUAUUCAGUCCUCUGCUAAUUUCUUUGUGGGUAAAUAGUCCCUUUUAUACACCUAUAAUACCACCUCGUCCAUCCAAGAUGACCUUCUUCUGUAAACAUACAUCACCCUCUGAACCUCUUAAAAUGUGCCCUGCAAAUUGAAUCUUUCUUUUCAUGAGAUCUCUGAUCGUUUGCUGAGUUCAGUCAUCUCCAAUACUUUUUCGUUGGUUACGUGGUGUGUCCAUGAUGUUUUCAGAAUUCUUCUAUAACAAUGUAAUUCGAAGGAUUGUAGUUUCUUUAUUAUUGAUUUUGUUUGAAUGUCUGUGAGAGUAUAAUCUGGCCCGUACCAAUAGGAUAUAUUUGAAAUUAGGAUGUGCCCAAAAUUUGGACAGGUAAGAUUUUGCAAGGGCGAAAUACAGGCAGAAGAAAAAUAUAUCAGAUGUCUCAAAAUAUUGUUACAAAUAAAAUUACAUGCCAGUGAUCACCUGGAGGAAUAAUAAUA